AUGGUUAAUUAUACACAUAGAAGGCGUAUGCGAUCUGACGCGCCAAAAUUGUCUCCUUCAGAUUAUGAUGAUAUUAUGCAAUAUCGUGAUAUGAAGUCCAAACCUUUAAAAGACCUAUGUAAAAAAUAUCGUACAUCAAAUACUCGAUUAUAUCAGAUAUGGAGAGGGAAGGAAUUUGAAAGGAUCGAAUGGUGUCAAUCCAUACCACCUGUUCCUUCGACCUUACCUGAAAAUUCUAAUUGGAUCGAAAGCGAG